GACAGUGAGGCUAGAUGAGACAACACACAAGUGUUUUUCUUCGUGUUGACCAAAGCAUCUCAUUCCAUUUCUAUUUCAUUCUAACUCUUCUUCAUCUUCUUCCUCUGUCUCGCUCUCUCUUCACCUUCAUUGGAUUACACCAGAGAGAUUCAAUUCAUUCUCUCUGGUUAAUCUUAACCAAACCAGAGAGAAAGCAGAACAGAGGAGCCACCCUCAUCCAUUCCAUUCUCUCUCUGUUUCCCCUGCCUCCACCAUCAUGGGCCCUCCUCCUCUUGAUUCCGGCCAUGCCCGUCUUCACGAACUCGGUUACAAACAAGAACUCAAGCGUGACCUCUCGGUCCUUGCAAAUUUUGCAUUUUCGUUCUCCAUCAUAUCAGUGCUCACCGGAGUAACCACCCUUUACAACUCCGGCUUGACCUACGGUGGCCCUGCUUCAUUGGUAUAUGGCUGGCUUAUUGCCUCUGCUUUCACCAUGCUUGUUGCCCUGUCAAUGGCUGAGAUUUGUUCAUCUUAUCCAACAUCUGGUGGUCUUUACUAUUGGAGUGCCAAGCUUGCUGGACCUGGAUGGGCACCCUUUGCUUCCUGGAUUACUGGCUGGUUCAAUAUUGUGGGGCAGUGGGCUGUGACAACAAGCGUGGAUUUUUCACUUGCACAACUGAUUCAGGUUAUCAUUCUCCUUAGUACUGGUGGGAAAAAUGGUGGUGGAUAUGAAGCAAAUAAAUAUGUAACUAUUGCUUUCCAUGCCGGACUUUUAGUCCUACAUGGGAUAAUAAACAGCCUUCCAAUUUCAUGGUUAUCAUUCUUAGGGCAGUUGGCGGCUAUCUGGAAUGUUUUAGGUGUUUUUGUGCUUAUGAUUGCCAUUCCAUCGGUUGCAACGGAAAGGGCUAGUGCCAAGUUUGUUUUCACUCAUUUCAAUACUGAUAACGGUGAAGGAAUCAACAGCAAACCCUACAUAUUUCUCUUGGGGCUUCUAAUGAGUCAAUAUACCCUAACCGGGUAUGAUGCAUCAGCUCAUAUGACAGAGGAAACCAAAGAUGCUGAUAGAAAUGGACCAAAAGGCAUUAUAAGCUCUGUUGGAAUAUCUAUUAUUGUUGGAUGGGGGUACAUACUAGGCAUUACUUUCGCAGUCACUGACAUCCCAUACCUUUUGAAUGAAAAUAAUGAUGCUGGUGGAUAUGCCAUAGCUGAAAUAUUUUAUAUGGCAUUUAAGAGAAGAUAUGGCCAUGGAAUUGGGGGUAUUAUUUGCUUGGCAAUUGUUGCUGUUGCCAUCUUUUUCUGUGGUAUGAGUUCAGUUACUAGCAAUUCAAGGAUGGUUUAUGCUUUCUCAAGAGAUGGGGCAAUGCCACUGUCAUCAUUGUGGCAUAAAGUUAACAAGCAAGAGGUCCCCAUAUAUGCUGUUUGGCUUUCCGUUUUGAUAUCAUUUUGCAUGGCACUAACGUCUCUUGGAAGCAUGGUGGCAUUUCAAGCUAUGGUCUCCAUAGCAACGAUUGGCCUUUACAUUGCUUAUGCCUUACCAAUCUUCUUCAGGGUGACCUUGGCACAAAAACGUUUUGUCCCGGGACCUUUCAACUUGGGUCGUUAUGGCGUCAUUGUAGGCUGGAUUGCGGUUCUUUGGGUGGUGACCAUCUCCAUCCUCUUCUCAUUGCCUGUUUCCUACCCAAUAACCAUUGAGACACUUAACUAUACCCCUGUUGCUGUUGGAUGCUUGCUCAUUCUUGUAGUUUCUUACUGGAUAAUCAGUGGUCGGCGUUGGUUUAAAGGCCCUGUAACCAAUAUACAAGUGAAGUUGUGAACUUGUGUAUUAAAUUGAACUCUUGUUGAAUAUGAUUAUUUUUUGAACCA